AUGGUGGGCCCGCAGAAGCGGCGAAACCACAAAAAGACGCAGCGAACUUUAUGCGAGGCGCCGGGUGGAAAAUCACCAAGGAGUAGUUGCGACGGCAGCUCGAGAAUGAGCGAGAGAUCUAAGCGGUCGUGGAGCCUGACCGACGGCAAAGAACGCGGAGCCGCGCAGAAAACCGCCUUAUGCAACACCGACUCAAUUGGCGACACCCAAAUUCGUAAUAGUCUCACCACCAUUCAAACGGCACCACUCGAUGCCGUUAAUUUGAUGGUCACACGUGCUGGUAUACUCUUAUUUCUGCUCUUAUUCGUUGGUAAUUCAAAUUCGGAAUGCGUUGACAAAUAUGGCAACACGGCGAUAUGCAAUAGUAUUCAAGAAUUCGCCGAUGACACAAGAUUCCAUGACGACCAGUAUUACUAUCUGUACAUCAAGGAUUGCACAAAUGACACCCUCGAUUUUGGCAACGUUUCAUUUUCAAAUAUCGCAAUGGUAGAAAUAUUCUGCCCAGUGACAAGCGUCGUAGGUGAACUUGUUGUCGCAUUCCCUAAUGCCAAGGGUUUCGCUUUAAACCAAUGCGUUCUCAAGCACUUAGACUGGCAAACGAUCUACACUCGAAAUAUGAAGAAUCUAUACGUAAGAGAAUGUCCGUUGAGCUGCGAAUGUCUCAAUCACUGGGCGACGCUGAAACGAUUCCCUGGAAUGGAUGGCAUUCCCGAUCAUUUCUACAAAUGCAAACCGGAUUGUAUUUUUAAUGAGCUUGUCACAAAACAAACGCGAUACGAGCCGAAAAUUGGAGAGGACAUACACAUUUCUAUUGAAAUUCACGGAUUAUUCACUAACAAGACAUGGACGAAAAAGCAAUACUUUACGUUCGAAGACGCAAAAUAUGAGGAUUAUACGAGGGAGAUUGUCGAACGUGUCAAUGAAACUCACGCCGAACUUUUUAUCAGAAAUAUCACCAAUCGCGAUUUGAGAUAUGUCUACUUCAUAUGCUACCAUUGUCUCAACUUUAAGUAUCAAACAUUUCAAAUUCUUGUGCCCACUCCUCCAGUCCUAACGUUUUACCCAAAAAUGCGGCAGGAUCCAGGACUUGAUCAGCUUCGAAUUCGCGCCCAUCCAAUAUCUCCAAUGAAUUUGACCAUUACUCGGCACGAUUUGAAUAUAACUGAAACACACGAGAUAGAAGCUAAUAAGGACCAUCGAUAUUUCAAAAACUUUAUUGUUCGCGACUACGGGAAUAGGAAUUCUUUAAAAGUGCUUCUGCGAAUGUUUUCCGAUCCUCAUCAAGAUACUGGAUUCGUUCACGGCAAUGCCAGUUUUACCGUAUGCACACCUUCUGGAUGCACGACGAAAACGCAUUUCAUCAAUCACGCGGGUCCUUAUGAUGCGAGUGUAUACCGUCCAUUUGGAAUUUACUCAAAAAUUGCACAUUUUCAGUCGAUUAUUACUAAAAAACCUUGGCACAUGUUGACAACGACCACUGCUGAGCCGAAUAUCGCGUCACAUCUGAGCACCAUCGUUUCAGUUAUCUGGGUGUUCCUCAUCUUCGCCGUUUUGUUAACCUUGGGAAUUUACUUAUUUGGCAUGCGCAAGCCAAAGCGAGUACCCGUUAUUCAACUACAAGAAGAAAGGAGAGUCGAAGUAGUAGCAGUAGAAAAAGAGGAAGAAGAACAAGAAGAAGAAGAGGAAGAAGAAGAGGUUCCUGCGCCUACUCGAAAUCCACCUUCAAUUAGGAGACCAAGUAAUGAAACCGAACAAACGUUGUUAAAAUUAGAAGAGCAAACGCCCAUCAUUGCUCUAGACUACGUUAAUCGAGUUAUUCCAUUUAUCAAUAGCAGUAAUGUUCGAAUUAAAUCAAUUAUUGGCAGGGGAGCCUUCGGCGAUGUUUACUCCGGUAUUUGGGACAAAACAAAUGAACCAGUUGCCAUUAAAACACUAAGACCCGAUGCUGCUGGAGACAUCGAGAAAGAAGCAAAAAUUGCAUCGAAAUUAGAGCAUCCAAAUAUUGUUAAAUUCUAUGGUGUUAUGAUGGAUAGAAAUCAUCUCGUGCUUGUCUUCGAAAUGAUGAAUCGCGGCGAUUUGCUUUCAUAUUUACGGAAUCGCACACCAAAAGGUCACGGAUACAAUCAAUUUCCACCGCCAUUGCUGCUCAAAGAACUUGUCAAAAUAUGUGUUGAUGUGAUCACCGCUGUCAGCUAUUUGGCCUCGCAGCAAAUUGUGCAUCGCGAUAUUGCGGCCAGAAACUUUUUGGUGUCCGGAGACGACGAUCAAAAAAUCAUUUCCUCUUUAGACCGACCCCCAAUUAUUGUAAAGAUCGCUGAUUUUGGAAUGUCAAAACAACUCUACUGCGAUAGGAGCUAUUAUCCGUUAUUUGGAGAAAAUGCCAUUCCUUUGAGAUGGCUUGCACCUGAAUCUAUUCGAAGGCAAAAAUUCGAUCAUAUGUCUGACGUCUGGUCUCUGGGAGUCACAUUAUGGGAAAUAUUUACGUACGGCAAAGUUCCAUAUGAGCAUCUUUCAAACCAGGAGCUGUCACAUCAUGUCCAACAGCUUCUCCCAUUUCAUCACGACAUCAUUCCGAAUGAGUUUUAUAAUAUGAUGCUAAAAUGUUGGGAGUACGAUGCGAAUAAGCGGCCAACUGCUGAGGAUCUAUUGGCGGACCCCUUAUUUGCCGAGUACAGACGCGCACCAACCCAGCAGAAUAAUGGGGCAUGCAAGACGUCGCCUACAAAGAAUGCUGAUGAUUCAGAGGUCUGCGGGAAAAGUAAUCCAGCAGCCGACGUUGAAGAGCAUACAGUUUGA